CCACCCCGUUCAGCAGCUUUGUCCACCAUUUAACAGUCAAUACUUUGCAGAGACCAAAACAGCUGACACUAGAGAGAGAGAGAGAGGGAGAGAGCGAGGUGAGAUUUUUGGCAGAACAAUGGCUUCAGCCUCUGCAGUUUCAAUGGCGAUGCCGUUAGCCUUUUCCGGGCAGAAGAAGAUGCCGAGCUCCGACGGCUUCUUCAAGCCAUUGCCCGUGAGAUCGACAAAGCCGUUCCCGGCGUCGAAGAGCGGCGGCGGGAAAUUCGUGGUCAGGGCUUCGCUGAAGGAGAAGGCCAUCACGGGAUUGACCGCGGCGGCGCUCACGGCCUCGAUGGUGGUCCCGGAAGUGGCCGAGGCGGCCGGGUCCGGGGUCUCUCCCUCCCUCAAGAACUUCUUGCUCAGCAUCGUGGCCGGUGGGGUCGUGCUCGGUGCCCUCGUCGGUGCUGUGAUUGGCGUCGCCAACUUCGACCCCGUCAAGAGAAGCUGAGAGUAGAGAGAGAGAGAGUGUGUGGAGAAAUUCUUUUUCUCAUGCGAUUUCUCUGUUGUGUUGAUGCUUUCUGUACCGAUCACUGUACUGUAUUUGUAAUCUGUCACUUCUUUUACCUGUAACAUUGCCUUCGGAAAGCUGAUGAACUGUGAAAUUUCUGAGU